CUCACCUCUCCAAUACAACAUCAAGCCCUUCAACUUUCACAGCCAUGCCUUCGCCUAGCGCCAUCCUCCGACUGGCUUCUUUUGCCAUUCUCCCACUUGCCGUCCUUGGCCGCACUGUCAGACCUUAUAUGCUACCAAGGGACGCCAACACUACCUCUGAUGGAUUGAUCCACCCCAAGCAAUUGACAUUCAGCGUCAAUUGCUCGAUUUCCGAUCACUAUGGCCAUGGCAACGGUGUGCUGGAGGGUUUUCAUUACCUCAUGAGUCGGGGCGGGAUGCCGGGGAACAAGCCUGGGAGUUGCGGCCGGAUUAGCUGCUCUCACGACACUGGAAUUCAUUGGUGCAACGAAGACAAGACCAAGCGCAAAGAACUUGAAUCCUACCAAGUAAUCGCGCGUGCUGUCAUGGAGAUCUUCCAACAAAAGCCCUGUUGGCAGAACUUCGACGAUGAUGACUUUAUGGGUGCCGGGAUUAAGGGGAAGGCUUUGGUUGAUGGUGAAGACUGGAGUGUUUGGGUGUCCCAUGAAGACUGUUCGGCGGCGUCGGUGUGAAGGGAACUAAUGUGAUGUCGGCUGCAAAGGUGCGUGUGUGCCGAGGGUGGCGGGGAUGCUAGAAUUGCCAUCCGAAGGGAAAUCAAACAGGAUAUAGCUUGGGAGUAGCAUUCAUUAAGAGGA